AUGCCUGGAAGGGGACCGGACGAUCUUCACGAAGAACCAGAUAUUCCCACCAAUCCGCCAACAGAUCCUCCCACAUCGCAAGGGAUUGAUGAAGUGUUCUCUCUCUUCAAGACAUAUCUUGAAAAUCGUUUGGAACAGAAGGGCAAAGAGCUCGAAGAAAAACAAAAAAACGAUUUGCAGGCAGAGAAGUUCAAAUUCAAAAGUAACCAAAAGCAGUUCGUAUUCAACGCCGAGCUUGAAGAAUUAGUAGGAAAAAUCAAAGAAGCAAACGCCCAGAAGGAUCACAAGAAGGUGGCUCACUUAACGGAUCAAGCCAAAGCUCUGUUGUAA